AUGAGAUCUGAAAUUAAAGGUUUUCAUAUACUACCUGUCAAAUUACCUAAUACAAAUUCAAUACAAUAUUUAUAUUUUAAAAAACAUGAUUCGAAACACAACUCAUCAGAUAGUAGAUCCUUGUUCAUAUAUAAUUUACCAAUACUAAGUGAUUUACAAACAAUAAAAAAGUAUUUCCAAACUGUAGCAUUAGGUUCAACAAUUGAAUCAUUUACUCAGUCGUACAUCACAAACAGUACAGAAGAUGCUUGGCUUGAUUUAAGUAAAUUAACAUCCGAGUUAGAUGUAAGUAAUGUUGAUCCAGUUGCAAGUAAACUACCCAAGAAUUGUGCUAUACUCACGUUUAUUGACAAAUCAUCAUUUCAAUUGGCUUUCAAUUCAUUGAAAAAAAUAUCAUCAAACUUUACAGAAACAACUUGGCCCAUAAGGGAAAUUACAUCAAACUUUUAUCUCAAGCAAUACCAGAAUGAAAUAAAUAACAAAGAAACAUUGACAGAACAAGUAUCUAAGUCGCUAAUAGAGUUUGAUAAAGCUGAAAAGGAUAAUAUUGAUAGUAUACAAAACAAUGCUAAGUUAGUCGAUGAAGAUGGGUUUACGCUAGUUGUGGGAUCUCAUAGAAAAACUAAAGCAGGUAUAUUGGGUAAACAAAAAAUUGCCAAUACUGUUGAAAAUGAAAAAGCUCAAAAGAAAAUGAAAAGUAAAGAGAAACAAGAUUUUUAUAGAUUUCAAUUACGACAAAAAAAGAAGGAGGAAAUGAACGAUUUAUUGAGUAAAUUUAGAGCUGAUCAAGAGAAGGUGAAAUUAAUGAAAGAAAAGAAAAGGUUUAGGCCAUACUAG